AAAAAACAUUAACCCUCCAUUUUUUUUGCUCCGCAACAGUGCUCUGCUCCUCUAGUGGUAGUAGUAGUAUUCCCAAAUCCCAACUGAACAACGCAACCAACCCCCAUUUUUGGGCAUUCUGACCCAAACCCACAUUCAAUCUCUCCCUACAUUCCCUCAAAUCUCUUGAAAAUCCAACCCUCCCUCUUGAUUUCUUCAUUCUCUCUGUUUAUUUUGGAUCUUUUUUUAACAGACCCAUGAGAAAAUCCCUUGUUUUUCUCACUUUCUUGCCUUUGUUUGUCAUUUCUGUUCUUCAAUUCCAAGCUCAUGCUGCACCUGCAGGACCCUUGAUCAAGCACUUGUCUUCUAUUCUCAAAUGGACUAGGUCUGCCUCCAAAACACCCCAUUCAGAUGGAAAUGUCCUUCAAUUUGAGAAUGGGUACCUAGUUGAAACUGUUGUGGACGGAAAUGAGCUUGGAGUUGUGCCAUACAAAAUCCGUGUCUCAGAGGACGGUGAGCUCUACGCUGUUGAUGAAGUUAAUAGCAACAUUGUUCGGAUUACUCCGCCAUUGUCUCGAUAUAGCAGGGCAAGGUUGAUCGCUGGGUCAUUCCAAGGUUACACAGGACAUGUAGAUGGAAAGCCAAUUGAUGCUCGUUUUAAUCAUCCAAAGGGUGUAACCAUGGAUGAUAAAGGGAAUUUAUAUGUUGCUGACACCUCAAAUUUUGCAAUCAGGAAAAUAGGAGAAGGAGGUGUGACAACAAUUGCUGGAGGCAAAUCAAAUGUAGCUGGUUACAGGGAUGGUCCGAGUGAGGGUGCUAUGUUCUCAACUGACUUUGAUGUGAUAUAUGUUCGCCCUACCUGUUCGUUACUAGUUAUUGAUAGAGGGAAUGCUGCUCUUCGACAAAUCUCUCUUAACCAAGACGAUUGUGGUUACCAGAACAGUUCAAUUUCUGCCACAGAUGUCUUUAUGGUUAUUGGUGCUGUCUUGAUAGGAUACACUUCAUGCAUGCUUCAACAAGGAUUUGGACCUUCUUUUUCCUCGAAGGUGCAGAAACAUCCACCUGAAAGUGAAUAUCAAGACUACUUGAGCAACGAGAAACCCACACCUGUUGUGGAACCCGUAAAAGAGGAACAAGAAGCCGGGUGGCCUUCUUUUGGAAGGCUCAUAAUUGAUCUAUCCAAGCUUGCACUCGAAGCAUUGGCUAGUGUCUUCUUUUACUUCAUUCCCUUCCGUUCCAAAUCCAAGGGCUCCAAGGGUGUCCUCACUCCAUUGAAAAAUUCUCUCAUAAUGCCUGAAGAUGAAGCCGAACCUAAAGCCCCGGUAGUUCAAAAGCAGAGAACUCCCACUCCUCUUUCUGAAACCCGACAAGCCCAUACUGCAAUUGCUGGUGAUAAAUAUUCAGAAAUGAAGGCCCCUAAGAUGAGAUCAACCAGUUUCAAAGAUCCUUCUUUGUCGAGCAAACACAGAUCUUCAAGAAGGCAAGAACAUGAAGAGUUCUGUGGAUCUGGGGAGGUCCCUCCUUUUGGCCAACAUAGGUCUAAGAGCCACAAAGAAAGAACAAAGCAUCGCCAACGGGAUAAAAAUGGAGAGAUAGUUUAUGGAGCAGUCGGGGUGGAACAGAAACCCAAACCCGUUGAGACGAGAACAGUGAAUUAUGAUGAUCCAAAGUUUGACCAUUACAGUAUGAGGAACAAGUAUGGGAACUCAUUUCGUUAUGAUUAGGCCACGAUUUUUUGUUGACUACUCGUUCAUGUUUCUUCUUGCAUUGUGGUAAGUAACUGAACCGACGUUGGAAGUGAGGACUUGCUCUGUACGUUGUAGCCAAACAAGAACUUGGGUUUUUGUCUAUUAUCUGUAUUUUGGAUUCAGGGUAUUGUUGAUAGAAUGAAAGUUGUCUGGAUUUUGGGAUAAUCUUAUGAGAAACACCUUUUUCUUCAAUGUAUGAAUGAUUUUAUAUCA